UGAACCCCAGAUAACACCCUCAAUAUCUCCCCAGAUCCUGACGACUCUGUGUUUGCUGCUGUGAACCCCAGAUAACACCCCUAAUAUCUCCCCAGAUCCUGACGACUCUGUGUUUGCUGCUGUGAUCCCCAGAUAACACCCCCAAUAUCUCCCCAGAUCCUGACGACUCUGUGUUUGCUGCUGUGAUCCCCAGAUAACACCCCCAAUAUCUCCCCAGAUCCUGACGACUCUGUGUUUGCUGCUGUGAUCCCCAGAUAACACCCCUAAUAUCUCCCCAGAUCCUGACGACUCUGUGUUUGCUGCUGUGAACCCCAGAUAACACCCCCAAUAUCUCCCCAGAUCCUGACGACUCUGUGUUUGCUGCUGUGAACCCCAGAUAACACCCCCAAUAUCUCCCCAGAUCCUGACGACUCAGUGUUUGCUGCUGUGACAGAUGUUCAAAUUGAGGAGUACCGUGAAGUGUUCAGGAUAUUUGACGCGGAUCAGGACGGCAACAUCUCCAGUACGGAGCUCAUCAAGAUUCUUAAAUCCUGCGGAUUGGAACCUACUGAUGAGCAGGUUCAGAUACUAAUUGAAAAUGUAGAUACAAAUGGUAACGGAGUGAUAGAGUUUACAGAGUUCUGCCAGUUAAUGAUAAAGUACGGUACCCAAAAAGAAGACGACCUGAAGGAUGCGUUCAAGGUGUUUGACCAGGACAACAACGGUUAUAUUGAUGCGGUGGAACUCCAGACCAUUCUUUCUAACAUGGGGGAGAACUUACCAAUGGAUCAGGUAGAGGACAUGAUCCGUGAAGCUGAUCUGAACGGAGAUGGUCUGAUAGACUACGAAGAGUUUAUCAAGAUGAUGACCUGUAACCCUAUCAGUGAGACCGGUGUUUUGUGACGUGUGUGUGACCCUAGCUUUACUGACACUUAAAGCAGUUGCUUUCUUAAGUCUGAUCAACAGCAAUAUGAAUUAUUGUACUAUCAGUUACGAUCUCGCUGUUGAAGAAUUCAGAAUCUAAAGGUUAUCGUGAGGAACCAUUUUGAAAGAUGAAGCAUUAUGAAGCUGUCGAAUAUACAAUCAUAUGAAUAUGAUGUGGCCAAGUUUACGAACUAAGAAGCAAUGAGAACGAGAAGCAAUGAGAAUGAUAUUGCAGGAAUCUGCGUUUACCACCGAAUUUGCUAAUUUGCUGCUAACUAAUAGUAAUUGUAAAUUUGACAAUAUUACUGAGCGGCGCUCAGCCUGUCAUUCGACAUUCCGCCGAAUCUCUAUUUGGAACAUUAUAGCCUGGGGUCCCCAGGUAAUAAUAAGUGACAACACCGUGGUUGCGGCUAUGAGAAGCUAUGGUUAGACUUAGAGCUUAACGAUUAGAAAAUUUGUAACAAAGUAUUAUUGUAUUUGAAU